AUGUUGCUGUUGCAUUUUUGUUUAAUCUGUACGAUUAUUCCAUCAUUUGUUUUAUGUAAUCAAUCAUCAUCGCCUACUGAUCAAAUCAUUCUUACAUUAACACGAGCUUUAAAUUUCUUUUCAACUCAUAUCGAUCAAGUUAAUCUUGAUGCAGGUAUUGGUCCAAGAAUUGCUGCUGAUCAAUUACGACCUUAUACAAUGUGUAAACAUUGUAAAUCAAUAAAAAACUUGGUUGAUUUAAGUGAACAUGUUACUUGGAAAAUAAUUCAAUCAGUUCGUUAUCGACAACCUGAUUAUUUUCAACAAGUAUCCUUUCUUGUAAUGCCUGGUACAUUUUCAACAAUUGUACCAUUUGAACAACAACGAGAUAAAUAUAAGAUGCAUAUCGAAAAUAAAUGUUCAUCAUCACCAUUUAUUGAAAAAUAUUCUGAUCAAUGUCUUCAUGCAUUAAUAAAUACAAAAUGUAAUCAUACUGAAUCAUGUACGAAAUUAAUGAGUGAUCCAUAUGCAUGUCGUUAUUCAUUAACUCAUCAAAUACUUUAUUCAAUAAUUGUAAAACAAUCAUUAUGUUAUCAACAACGAUUAUCAUCAUUUAAUGAACAUCGAUUAAUUUUAAAAAUGUUAGAUGAAACUCAUCAAAUUGCAAAUAGAAAUUUUCUUGAAAAUGAUCGUGAUUUAUUUAUGGAACAAAUUGCAUUCGGUGGUUUAGUUGGUUGGAGUGAUUUUUUUCAAGAUAAAAAAUGGUUUAAUUCAAUUAUAAAUUGGCAACAUCCUAUUGAAGGUUGUUAUGGUAAUGAUACAAAUCAUCAUAUAAAUAAACGUGAAGAAAUGCAAAUGUUACAUCAAUGUCUCAGUCAUCGUACUAGUGUAGCAAUAGCUGCACUUUCACAAAUUCUUCGAUAUUUGUUGUCGUCUAGAGACAUCUAA